AAAUCAGUUGUAAGUGAAGUUAUAAAAGUGUCAUUUUUGUGGGAAAAUGAUGAAGUUCGUGAAAAAACUUUUAAAUUAGUGUUAUAAUGGAGGUAGUAGAAUUGAGUGAAGAAUCCGCAGUGAAUACUCAGUUUACGGUAGCUGAUUUAGAGAUUGAAAUUCUUCCAAUUAUUUAUGAAAUUAUUCGAAGUGUUGAAAAAGAUCCACACGAUACUUCACAAAAAGCAAAGGAAUCACAAGAUACGAGUCAGAAAAUUUUGGAGUUACAAAAAAAACUAGAUUCUGCCAGAGCUCAGAUUAAAAGAUUACCAGGAAUUGAGUACAGCAAAGAAGAGCAAUUGCAAAAAUUAGAAAUACUUCGCAAGCAAUUAAGAUUGAAAAGGGAGCUUCUUCAUAAGUAUCGUAAUAUGUGUACAUUUGACGUACCAAAGGUUUAAACAAAAAAAAUAAUCAAAUAUUAAUUGGUACCAUGGUUUUUAGAAUAAUUUAUCAAUAUUUG